AUGGACAAAUUAUGGGAAAAGCUCAAUAAAGCUGACCCAUGGCCGCGCCAGUUUGGAAAUGUAAUCAAAGACAAGCAAUCCUUCAUCAGCCAGAAGUUGAAGGAAAUUAAAGAGAAGAAGUUGACUUCAAGCUCCAUUCGUUGCGUGCCAUCGGCUAACAGUCUCAGCACCUUGUACAAGCAAUCGUUCGAUGCAGAGAUUGCACCGCUUCUCAGCUCCGCUCUCGGAAGUUUCGCGAGUGGUGAGCCCACGGAUUCUACUUCUUUCUCACUGCCAAUUCACGUUCAAUUUCUGGGAGCGGAAGGGCAGACGUACUGCGAUGCCAUGGUCCAGCUCAUGAAGCAGUCAGGCGCACUUAUAUUUGCAUACGACGAGCUGGCAGGUCGACCAUCGCAUACAUCACGUCUGCAGGAGAUUUGGGCAUCCUUUGAGAAGGACAAGGGAGUUAGCGUGGCCACUAUCGAGGCCGGCAAAAAGGUCGCAAGCAUGGAAAUCGAGAGACUUCUGGCCGACAGGUUCCAAGAAGUCAGGGACCUGCAAAGCCUGACAGGCGAGGAGGAACAAAAGGGAAGAUUACUUCUGUCACAUGGAACGGACAAGCAAGAGGCGGCUUCGAAGCAGACACUGGGAUGGGGAAAUGUCGCCAGGGACACGGAAAUGGCGAUUGAGAGACUCUGUUUUGCGGGACAAGCACAGGCCAGGUUGCUUGUAUCGUGUACGCAGUAG